UCCCGUUCCGUUCCAUAAUUCACCUCCUGCCCUUCCCUUCCCUUCCCUUUUGUACUCUGUUUUUCUACUUCGGUUUGCGUUUUCCCUGUCCCGCUUCCGCUGUCUCAAUCUUCCCCAAUUGUUCCCACGCCACACCACCUAUAUACGUAACAUAUCCGUAUAUACAGGUGUGCGUAUAUUCAUGCUGAGACAGCGGUUCGUGGAUAUAUACGCAGAUAAAUACGUAUUCUGAAAGAUAUGGAGAGGCAGGUAGGGGAAGAGGUGGAGGGAAAGGUGUUGGCGGCGUCGGCGGAGGAGCUGGACGUAGAAUCCGACGAGCAGCUCAUGUCUACCUUAACAUUGGAACGAGUUGCUGCCGCCAAGAAAUACAUUGAGGAUCACUAUAGAGCUCAUAUGAAACUCAUUCAACAGCGCAAAGAAAGGCGCUCGGCACUUGAAACAAAGUUAGCAUGUUCAGAUGUAUCAGAGGAGGAGCAGCUUAAUCUUUUGAAGGAUUUGGAGCGUAAGGAGACAGAGUAUAUGAGACUUAAACGACAUAAGAUAUCCGUUGCUGAUUUUCAGCUUUUGACAAUAAUAGGAAGAGGAGCCUUUGGAGAGGUUAGGUUGUGUCAGGACAAGAAAUCUGGUGAAAUAUAUGCAAUGAAAAAGUUGAAGAAGUCUGAAAUGCUUAGUAGGGGACAGGUUGACCAUGUUCGAGCUGAAAGAAACCUUCUUGCAGAAGUUGCUAGUUACUUCAUUGUAAAGCUCUAUUAUUCUUUUCAAGAUGCUGACUACUUGUAUCUCGUAAUGGAGUACCUGCCUGGAGGAGAUAUGAUGACUUUGCUUAUGAGAGAGGAGACAUUAACUGAAACUGUUGCAAAGUUUUACAUUGCUCAAAGUGUCCUGGCUAUAGAGUCGAUCCAUAAGCAUAACUACAUCCACAGGGAUAUUAAACCUGACAACCUUCUGUUGGACAAAAAUGGUCACCUGAAACUUUCUGAUUUUGGUCUCUGCAAGCCUCUUGACUGUUCAAAUUUAACUCCUAUAAAUGAAAAUGAGGUGAUGGGUGAUCCAAGUACGAAGGGAUCAGUCGUUCCCAAUGGCUGCUUUCCCGAUAAAGGAAAUGGAAGUUUUUGGAAUAGCUCUCUUGAACAAUUGCAGCAUUGGCAAAAAAAUAGGAGAAAAUUAGCAUUUUCAACUGUGGGCACACCUGACUAUAUUGCUCCAGAAGUGUUGCUGAAGAGAGGCUACAGCAUGGAGUGCGAUUGGUGGUCUCUUGGUGCUAUAAUGUAUGAGAUGCUCAUUGGUUACCCUCCAUUCUACUCUGAUGAUCCAAUAACCACCUGCAGAAAGAUAGUCCACUGGAAGAAUCACUUGAGAUUUCCAGAUGAAGCAAGGCUGUCCCCUGAAGCAAAGGACCUGAUCUCUAGGCUGCUUUGUGAUGUUGAACAUAGGCUAGGUUCUCGUGGAGCAGAGCAAAUAAAGGCUCAUCCUUGGUUCAAAGACAUUCUUUGGGACAAACUCUAUAGCAUGGACGCAGCAUACAAACCUGAGGUCAAUGGAGAACUUGAUACCCAAAAUUUUAUGAAAUUCGAUGAGGUGGAUCCUCCGCCAGCAAAAAACAGUUCAGGACACCUGAGGAAGAUGCAUUUGACUUCUAAGGAUUUGAGUUUCAUUGGGUAUACUUACAAGAACUUCGAGGCUGUUAAAGGACUGCCCAAAUCUCAUGAUAGUAAAAGCAGUGUAUCACCUGAGCGGUUGUCCAAUGCUUCUGUGUGCAGUGAUUCGGAGGUGGACUAUUGUAGAAUGUAUGCAACAGAUGAUGCAGAAGUGCUGAUACGUGCCUCAUCAGCAGCAGAUGUCUCUUCACAAUGAUGCAACUUCAGAUGUUUUUGUGUAUAACUUCGUAUGUAAGAAAUGGACCUUCAAACUGAUGAUUAAUUUGGACCUCAUCAGAUUAAACUUUCUUCAGAUGGGCAUGCACCUAAUGCAAUAGCAAGUUCUUGCUGAACCUGACUCAGUUACACAAGCCUGAUGAAGUCAGUGAUUACCUACGCUGCAGAGGAUUUAUCUUGUACAGACACUAACAAACUUCCUACAUGCACUUUGUUGGAUUCUUUAGCACGCCUUCGAUGACCAUAAACAGAGUGUUGUAUUUUAGCUGCUUUUAGGGGGAAAAAAUAUCAAGUCGCUGAGCACAUUUACGUGCGUGUAGACCGGUACAUUAGAAUGGAGAAGUGAGCGAAAAGAGCGAGUUACCUAGGGAUUCAAGUUGUUAUGGACAAAUGUCAUCCAAUUUUGUAUAUGGACAGGUUGCAGAUUUUCUUGGUGAAUGGAAAUUGUUCCCGUUCUGGUGA